AUGGCCUUAGCCAGGUCCUUGUCCUUGUUCGCGCCGCUAACAAACUCGUCCGUGAAACAAUGCGGCAUGUGGAGGUGCUUGCGGCAUUUGUGGCUGGGGCCGCACAAGCUCAUGCAGAAAGGCGUUUCUGCGGAGUGCCUGAUUGAUGACGCAGGCUUGCAGGCUGUUGUCGACACCUGCAGCUUGUUGCGGGACUUCACGGUGGCCUCCCACUUGAUAACCGAUGCUGGGGUUCGCCUGGUACUGGUCGCAUGCCGUGAGCUCUGCCGGCUUCGCUGCGGCGGCUGUGGAAUCACAGACGCUUCUUUGCAAUUCCUGGCAACGUUAACGCAGCCACGGUUAGAACGUUUCUCGCUGUGGUUUUCUGGUGUCACCUCAAAUGGGCUACACCAAGCCGAACUUGACAUGCCCUGGACGUACUUCGACGUUGACAUUGCUUGA